AUGCCCACCUGUGCAUUCGCAUCUCCGGCAACCACCACGACAUCAGCUUUUAGCUCGCCGCAGCAGGGCAUUCAUGACGUCGUGGAGCUUGUCUUUGACGGCAUCGGAGCCACAGUCAGUUGGGACGUAGGAGUACCCGACAAACAGACAUUAUCAACUUCCUUCACAGACGUUGCCAGAGACGACUAUCAACAGGUAUCCAGUCAAUCAAGGAUGCUUCCGCCCGGUGACUCAGGACGAUAUCAAUACCUGCACAUCCCGUUGCAGCAGCCUCUGGAUCACCAGAGGAGGGGCGGGAUAGCUCAGUGGUUAGAGCGCGAAUUCACUGACCGGAAGGUCCGUGGUUCGAACCCAACCUCUGCACCUCGACUUCCUCUGUUUAGGCUUGGGCAACCUGGCAGUAUCCCAGCCCUCUUAAUUCCUUCGACCAAAGAUGAUGGCACGCCUGCCAUCGUUGAUCAUGUAGAUUUACACAUAAAACGGACGUUCUGGACCGUGCUUUUCUUCUCAUUUUUUAGAACUCUUGUCGGUAAAGAUGUACUUAUUGAACUCAAAAAUGAUCUCUGUAUCUGUGGCACUUUACACUCCGUUGACCAAUACCAUAACUUCAGACUUACCGAUAUCAGUGUCACUGACCCUGAGAAACAUCCACAUAUGGUUUGUUGCUCUAUUCUUCUAACAUUUACCUAUACAUCGCCGAGCCCCGUUCACAUGACCAUUUGUCACAUGUCAUGGAGCAAACUCCUUAUGCCACGGGGACUCGAAUACCUGCACGUUAUCUGUGUGACUGAGCCUAUGGUUUUUCUUCGUAAUUCGUCCGAUCGGCUUCUAAUUUUUGCAGACAGGUGCAUCACUUUGGAGACCCAGCUGCUCUGA